AUGGCUACUCGUAUCUUGACUAAACGUUUCCUUAAUUUCAACACAAAUCGUUGUUUAAUUAAUAAUAAUAAAUCAUUAACUCGUCGUACUUUUGCUACAGCUACUGAAGAAGAAUCUUUUGCUAUUCGACAACAAAAAAUUGAAGAGCAUGCAAAAGAUGCUGCAAACAUGUGGAGAAAAAUUUCAAUAUAUGGUUGUGUACCAGCACUUGUUUUAACUACUAUAAAUGCUCUUAAAAUGGAAAAAGAACAUGAAGCUCAUUUACACGAACACCCUCCAGAACCAAUAGAACAUCCACCCUAUGAGUAUCAACGUAUAAGACUUAAAUUAAUUUGCAUUAGUUCUUAA